GCCACGCUUUGGCAUUUAAGGGCGCAAACAUGGCGGCCUCCUUGCGGAUGCGACGACAAGCCGUGUUCGCUGCUUUUAGAUCACUCACAUUUGAAAAAUGUCAUCGGAGUUCACGUUUGUGCCGAAACUCCUUUCGCCAUUUUUUCCAGUCUUCGGCUUUUCUGGGUGUCGCACCUCUCAAAGUGCAGAUGCCUGCUCUCUCCCCCACCAUGGAGGAGGGCAACAUAGUGAAAUGGCUGAAGAAAGAAGGUGAGGCAGUGGCAGCUGGUGAUGCUCUCUGUGAAAUUGAGACAGACAAGGCGGUGGUUACCAUGGAAUCCAGUGACGAUGGAAUCCUAGCUAAAAUUCUGCUAGAGGAGGGAAGCAAGAACGUGCGUUUAGGGGUGCUCAUCGCCCUGAUGGUGGAAGAAGGGCAAGACUGGAAACAAGUGGACAUCCCCCCUCUCGCGUCCUCCCGGCCAGCGCCAACCACUCCGCCUCCUACAGCUGCUCCACCCUUCCGAGCCGCUCCACCCGCACCGUUACGGUUGAGUCCUGCUGCGAGACACAUUCUGGACACGCAUGGCUUAGAGCCUCACCUGGCCAUGAGCACUGGCCCCCGAGGUCUCAUCACUAAAGAGGAUGCUCUGAACCUGCUGAAGAAGGGAGGCGCAGGGCUUAAAGCGGCCCCUCUGUCUGUGCCUCCUCCUACACCCCCUCCCCCUGCGGCUCCUGCGCCUCCUGCUGGUGCACCACCUCCCGCUGUUGGCUCCGGGCAGCCUCUCCACCCUCCCGUCGCUUCGCCUGGUAAACCUGGAGCGCCAGGCACCUUCACCGAGGUUCCAGCGUCUAACGUGCGCAGGGUCAUUGCGCAGAGGCUGACCCAGUCCAAAAGCACCAUCCCUCACGCCUAUGCCUCCGUGGACUGCGACCUGGGUGCCAUUCUGGAGCUGCGCAAGGAGCUGGCCCAAGAGGAGAUCAAGGUGUCUGUCAAUGACUUCAUUAUCAAAGCAGUUGCUGUCACACUCAGAGAGAUUCCCGAGGUCAACGUCACCUGGUCGGGGGAGGGACCCCAGGUCCUGGACACCAUCGACAUCUCUGUCGCCGUGGCGACAGACCGCGGCCUGAUCACGCCCAUCAUUAAAGGCGCGGCGGACAAAGGCGUGCGGCAGAUCGCAGCCGACGCCAAGGCACUGGCAGGAAAAGCGAGGGCAGGGAAACUCUUACCAGAGGAGUACCAGGGAGGAUCCUUCAGCGUCUCCAACCUGGGCAUGUUUGGCAUCAGCAGCUUCAGCGCCGUGAUCAACCCCCCGCAGGCCUGCAUCCUGGCUGUGGGGUGCACCAGGGAGGAGCUGGAGCCGGCCGCGGACACCCAGGACGGUCCGCCGCCUGGACUCCGCACCCGCCAGCUAAUGACCGUAACGCUGUCCAGCGACGGGCGGCUGGUGGACGACGAGCUCGCAUCGCGCUUCUUGGACAAAUUCCGCGCCAACCUGGAAAAACCCGAGCGCAUGGCUCUGGCCUAGUGAGAGAUGUAGGGGGUGGGGGGGGCAUCGGAUCACACCAGUCCAGUGGUGAGGCAGGACUUGCAGAGUUCAGCUAACAGAUGUUAAUUCUUCCUAUGUCUGGAUUUAUUGUAGAUCACUAUUGACCCACUAAGCUGCAUAAAAGCAGUUGCACAGACAGCAGCAUUUUGGCACAGACUGUCUGUGAGCCUUUUUCCUGUCUAUUCUUUAAGCAGCAUUUAUUGUUAAUUCCUUUAAAAGAAAAACAAAAGGUCUGUCAAUAAGCUUAUAAUGUGUGAGGGUCUAUUUUGUAAAUUUAGACUUAUUGAGGUAUUUAUGGUGGUAUAACAUGGUGUCAUGGUAUCUCAGCAAUGGAUUAGUGUAAAAGUAUGGCACUUUCUUCUUUGUUGAGGUCAAUUUCAUCUUGUAUGCUGGACUUUUUUUAGUCAAUACUACAGUAAUCCUGUUCUUUCCCUCUAACCACAGACUGAAAAACCACAAAAUCUUCUGUAGUGUCAUAAGAGUCAAGCAAAUAAAAUCACAUCUGCUGUAUUAAA